AACAUAGCAUUUGCGCGGUACAACCCCUAAACUUCGCACCAUUUCUGCCGGAGGAAGUCCUACUCAGCAAGUGUCUACUUGGAUUGAUUUGGGGUUGAAUUUUCCUCCGGACCGGUGGUGUUUAAAUCCUAAUUUCCAGUAAGACCUUGCCCCGUUCCUUGUUUUCCACCAGUUUUAACUAAUGGUGAUGUUUUCCAGAAAGUAAUUUUGGUGAAAAUGGCGCACAAAUGAUCAGAUUCGGUGAUGCAAUGUGUGAAAAUUUUAAUCCUGAUUCGGUUCACUUGCAUCACACGAUUGGAGUGCAAAUUUAAACAGUGUUGUUGAUACUAUAAAGAAUAGUGUGAAUCAAGCAGAUUGUGCCAUAUUUAAAGUGAAGCAACUGUUUAAAGUGCAGGACCCGGUUGACUUGAAUCUCGCCGAUAAGAUGGAAAUUAUUGCAGAAGGUAAAAAUUUCGUUCUGGUUAAAGAAGAAGACCUUCAUGAAGUUCUCAAAGUAUUGGAGAAAUACUUUCCGUUUGCCAUCAAGUUCCAUCAAACUAUAAGGACGUACCUGAAAGAUAAGAUCUGGCAGUUUCAUUUCUACAUCUCUAAAACAUGGCCUGAGGAUCCGAUCUGUUUGCAUUUUCCCGGAUGUACCUACACCCCUUAUAAUAAAAUCUAUGAGAGUGUCGGUAUAUUUUGUCCACCAGAUCAACUUGACAAAAUGUCAAUGAUAGAACGGGAGGACAUUCUUUUCAACUGGACUGAACCUAUUUAUAUGAAUUUCACGCAUGUCGGCAUAAUGAACAAAAUGGAUAACAUCUUUCGCACAAAAGUCAAUGGGCAGCUGGUGGGCCGCAUCUAUGGGGACAUUUACGUUCACGAGUGUCCAUCGGAGCUGGAGUUAGAGCUGGAACCAUUACCAAUUAACGAGGCCACCAUACAGUCUUUGAAGCUUACGAAUGUGAAGGGCAUCCAUGAUUUAUAUCCAGCAAGAGACAUCGAGAGCGUGGAACUGUUUGAGAAAUUGAUGAACCACCUGCCAGGCUUUGGAGUGUUCAGUAAAUCCAACGACGAGCUAGCCGCGUGGAGCCUACAGUCGUACUACGGCGGAAUGUUUUCAAUGCAAACCAAGCCGGAGUUCAGACGAAAAGGAUAUGGCAUUCAGCUGGCACAGGCGCUCACCAAACUUGUAAUACAACGAGGGUACGUGCCAUUUGUUGUGAUAAGACCGGAGAACGACGCUUCCCGCGGACUUUAUACUAAGCUAGGAUUCAGAAAAGCAUUUGAAAGUGUUAGAGGAACAUUCAAACCGUACAUCUACAACGUGGAGGACGACAAGGAGAACGAGGAGAAUCAAAACCAAGACUCCAACUGUGACAGGGAGAAAAAGAACUGUUGAGCGAGCGGAGCAAAGAAAACCAUUAUCUAUCUAUCUUCUGCGCACGUAUUUUUAUAGCUAGCGUAUUUCAAAUGCAAUCAAUAAACAAUUUGCUUGAUUGAAUCAGAAAGAUUUGCUCUUCCUAACAUGCGAAAUUGUAAAGAAGGUUUAUAGGCCUCAAGUUUUAAAGAAGACCCAAGCGAACUGUCUAAAGACUUCUUAACCACAAUAUACAAACAUGUGACACGAAAAGGAAUGAUUAAAUAAGCUUUUGCUUCCA